AAUCCUUGUUCUAUAAUACAAAGUUCUGAAAUCUUCGCAGACAUCGCGUCCCGUCAUAUGAGUGAUAUGACGAGCAGCUUCAAAUCAAAAACUGAAAAGUUUGCGAGUGAUAUUCAAUCGGAUUUGAAGCAGGGCAAACCGAUUUUGAAGCAUCCUAACGAUUCCAAAGUAACCGAUAGUGACGAGCCAAGAACUUAUAGAGAAGAAUCGCGAGUCUCUGAACAUGGAACAAAACAAAUUGAUCCGGACACUGGACUCAUAUAUUUCAAAUACGACUUUGGCUAUGAAUUCGGUAUCGUUUUACCUGGCGAGGGUAAAAGGACGGUUGAAAGCAACAAAAAGACCAUUCAAGGACAGAGACGUUCCAGCGAUAUAGAAGUGCCUAUAAUCCAUGAGUUUACUGAAAAGAAAGCGAAUGGUUUUACAAAAAAAGGCACAUUUUUAACCCGUCAAAGCAAGACAGGAAAUAAAUUCGGAAACUCAAAGACUGUCAAAUGGGAGCCAACAUCAGAGAGCGACUUUUCUGAAAGUGAAGACAUGAAAAAUUUGAUUAGAAAACAAUCAAAUAAGGAAGGUAUAAAAAGCUCAAUUGCGCCUCCAAGUCUCGUCAUACCUGGUUCUAUGUCACCAUCAAGAUGGGAUCACACAACACCCAGCCCGCUUUCUCUUAGUCCAAGUCUGCCAAGCCUUUCUCCAAAACAGAGUAACACUACUGGACCACCUAGCAAUGUGGAUUCUGCAGGUUCACCUUGGCCGACUAGCAAUGGUGUGUCAUCGAGUAAAGAAGUAAUUCAGCCUUAUAUCGAAAUAUUACCGAAGAAAGCUCCUAUAUUCAUUACGCCAUUGAAAGAUAUUGCAGUGGUAAGCGGACAACCAGCUAGAUUCGAAUGUAUCGUUCAAGCUGAACCGCAGCCCAAUAUUCUUUGGUCAAAAGAUCGUAGAAUCGUCGAAAAUUCUGAGAGCCACGAAGUUCAAUAUAGAAACGGCGUUUGCCGUCUCACAAUAAUGAGAGCUUUACCCGAGGAUGCUGGAAUUUAUGCAUGUACGGCAACGAAUAGCUUAGGUUCUACUGUAACUUCUGCCAACUUGGAGGUUCCAGGUAACAGACGAUCUAUGUAUGCCCUUAUUUCAUAAAGAUUUGCUGAGAGAGGGAAUAAACAAUUGAAUGGAAUAAAUGAAAAGGUGGAGGAACAUUUAAUUCUUAAUUUUGGUGUGCUAUGGUAUCGGAGAUUUGCAUUGUAUCGUAUUAUUUGAUUAUUACUUUCCUAGGCUACAAACUAAUAUGAUGAAGAAAAUAAUAAUAAUAAUAAUAUAUAAUGCUCGAUGUAUUGUAUUUUCUAUGUGAGAAAAAAUUUUUGCAAAUUUUUGAACGAUGGGAGAUAAGUACUUCGAUGACAAACUGCUUCUUCUAUACAGCUUGCUUUUUGUUGGGAAUAAACAACAAUUUUUAUCGCAAUAUAAAGAAAUAAACAUAGUGAUGCUACUAAUCAUUCUAAAAGAUCGAACAAAAGCGAAUUAGCUUUGUCUUAAUGAACAUAAUCAUUUCUUGUUACAUUUUAUUCAAAUAUUCGAUUUAACAUUUUGGUAGAAACUAAUUAAAUCGAACUUUUUAAUAAUACCAAAGGAAAUAAGAACGCAAAAAUUGUCAAUCUUUUUAAACAACAUAUAAAAUAUUUUAAUUAGGUACCAUUAAACAAAUUAAGAAAACUUUUGUCUCUCUUAUACACUUUAUUCCAUGUUUAUAUCUUAUCUAUUUUAAAUAUUGUGAUUUUAUUGAAAUAUUAUAUUUUUAAUUUUUCUUUAAGCAUAAUAAAAUUAUUUCUUGCCAAUAUUGUUAUUAAAUUAGAAUUACAAGAUUUUGUCUCGUUGUCAGAAUUAGCUUUGCCAAAGGUAAUGAUUAAAAAUAAAAAAUUUGAUAAAAUAGAAAAUAAAAGUGAUUUACUGUUUCAACCUCAACAUUAAUAUCAUUUUAAAUGAUUCUAUUUAUGUAUCAUGUGUAUAACAUUGUUGGAACUGUCAUUGUUAGAUUGUUUAAAAACAUGAUAAGAGAAAAUUAUUUGUAUUAUUAAACGUAAAUAAAUGCAAUAAGAAUAUUCAAUCGCUCUAAAUAAAACUUUUAAUUAUUUAAUAGUUCUUACAAGUUUUUAUGUUAAUUGUUUUUGCUUAAAACACGAGAAGUUAAUAUUUUAUAGCUAGACGGAAUAUGGGAUCUAUUAUGGGUAUGUACGGGCAUGUACGGCUAUGAAUCGCUAUGCUAUUAGCUCCUUGCGUCAAUUAUAGUUACAGAGAAUAAUUUACGUAUUAUUUAAUUCAAAAAAUACAGUCAUAAAAUCAGCAUUUCUUGAAUAAUUUUAUGAAUGCUCAAGAUUUUGUAAAUUACGUAAAUAAUUAUUAUCUAAUAUUUAAUAAAUGGCAGAAGGCAAUUUAGACAAUUAAAAGUAAGAUAUUUUAAUAUGUUUUCUCAUCGCAAGGAGUUAAUUCUUAUUUAUUAAUUUCGCUAUCCAUGAAUUCACAAUAAUAUUUAUAUAUAUUAUGUAAAUAAAUGUAUGCUUUCUCUAUAAUCUGAA